GGAAGAUCAUUUUAGUGUUGACACACCUUGAAUGAUGCUGUAUAAAAACCUGUUUGCAGAAGGCUUAUGAUCAGAGUUAAGAGAAACAUCAACGGCGCAAACAUGUGGGCAGAAGAUGAUUUGGGUCCAGGUGCUGCACCAUGCCUUCAAAGCCUCACUGAACCAUCUGAAGAUGGAGUCUACACAAUGUAUCAUGGCACAUCUAGAGAAGCUGCAGCAGUUAUCCUCAGAGAGGGCUUUAUCCGUUCUCCCAAAGGCAUGCUCGGGCCUGGUGUCUAUCUCAGUCGAGAUCUUAAAAAGGCCUCCAGAUACCCUCUGAAUCUACCUGACCAUGAAAGAGUGAUUAUAAGAGUCAAGGUUAGAGUUGGAAAAGUGAAAAAGAUAGACUCUCAGACGCACCCAAUGCGAACAACCUGGCAUCAAAGUGGGUAUGAUACUGCCUGGUGCCCUCCAAAAUGUGGCAUGGUGCGAAGUGGUCUUGAGGAAGACUGUGUUUGGGAUCCAAAAAGAAUCACAGUCAUUGAUGCAAUCUACCCAAAAUAAGUUGGUGUUUUAAAUUAAGAGUCAUUUUAAAUGUUAUACUUACUGUUUAAAACAAACUUCAUGUUUUUAAAAUGAUGUUCAUAUUGUACCAAAUGUUCUGACCUUGAAAUGUGUACAAACAAAUUAAACAUCCUUCUGGCAUAUA